AUGGCCCCGAAUGGCCCUCUUCAACCGUUAGAGGCGGACCAUCCCGGUAGCUCUUCGGAGGACAUCUCUGCGGCGUCUGCACGCGACCUGGAUGACAACUACCAGUUCUUCAAGGGUCCCGGGGACCUCGACGCCAGCGACGAUGAGGCCAAGCGGGUUCUACGGAAGAUUGAUCUUCGUGUCGUCCCGAUCCUCUUCAUGAUAUAUUUCCUCCAAUAUCUCGACAAGAACUCCAUCAACUUUGCGAAUACCUAUGGCUUGCAGCAAGGGACGAAUCUGCACGGCCAGGACUAUUCAUGGCUUGGCUCGAUAUUCUACUUUGGAUACUUGGCAUCCCAGCUGCCUUCUGCGUAUCUGAUGCAGAAACUCCCUAUCGGCAAAGUAGUGUCAUGUACAACUAUCGUCUGGGGAAUCAUCGUCAUGACUACGCCCGCUUGCACUUCCUUUGCAGGCAUAGCGACCAAUCGCUUCCUCCUUGGAUUCACCGAGGCGACGGUAAAUCCGGGCUUCGUUAUCAUUAUGUCGAUUUGGUAUACCUCCGCGGAGCAGCCCCUUCGCCUCGAGGCCUAUUACUGCACCAACGGCCUAGCUACCAUGUUCGGUGGUCUUAUUGGUUACGCUGUAGGCAAUAUUACGACUGGCCUCCCGAGAUGGAUGUAUGUCUUCCUCAUCUUCGGAUCUCUGAGUUUCGCCCAGGGCAUUCUCAGCUUCAUCUUCUUGCCUGAUGUCCCUGCGACUGCCCGGUUUCUGAACGAAAGGGAGCGCACCAUUGCCAUUGAUCGUGUGUCUCGGAAUAGGCAAGGUGUCAAAAACCACCACUUCAAGAAGGACCAGGCGAUUCAGUGUCUUUUAGAUCCGAGUAAGGACACCCAGAAUUCCUCCCGUAUCCCAGCUUCAAUCGUGAGCACCUGGUUCUAUACAGGGGUGCUUUUUGGCUCACGUACUGACCUCGAGCUCGCAGAAACCUGGAUUCUAUUUAUCAUGGCCACUGGAGCCCAAGUACCAAAUUCUGCCAUUACUAGUUUCGCCAGCGCCAUCAUCAAAAGCUUCGGCUUCGACGCCCUCGGCACGCAGUACAUGCAGAUUCCUGGCGGUGCAGUCCAGUUCCUGGCUCUCAUCAUCGGUGGCUGGAUCUGCACCAAGUGGCCACGAGGGACCAGAUGUCCUACGAUGAUCGUUGCCAACUUGAUCUGUAUCCUUGGGUCUGCCCUUCUCGUGAAACUGCCAGACAGUAACAAGUGGGGUCGUCUGGUUGCCCUAUGGCUCUGCUACUUUCAGGGGCUGGGCUUUAGUAUGUCCCUGACGAUGAUAUCCUCCAACAUUGCAGGAUCGACGAAGAAGUCGUUGACCGCGGCCAUACUUUUCACAGGGUACUGUGUUGGAAAUAUCAUUGGACCGCAGACGUUCCGAGAGUCGGAAGCGCCAUACUACCACAGCGCCUACAUUGCCAUGCUCGUCGGCUACACCGUCAAGCUGGUCAUGAUCAUAGUGCUGUACGUCUACAUGUGGCGCGUCAACAAGGCGAGGGACGCGAUGGGGCCGACAGAUGAGAAAGCAGCGGACAUCACGAUUAGCGUCCUCAAGGACCAUGGUGGCUCCAGAGCCAAGCUCAUGACGCUCGCGGUCGAGGCUUACCACGAACACCAGAUGGUAGAACAAGCACCGGCCGAUCAAGAUACAGUAGAGCCCGAACUCCCUUCCAACAGCAAGAGUGUCAAGCAGGAGAAUGGCCAACCUGAUGGCAAUGAGGACGCUGGGCUUGUUGCCCCCCACACACCGGUCAACGAGUCCGUGUGGCGACCCCAGAAGAAGCUUUCAAGAAGUGUCAGAAGACGCUUGAACAAGAGCAGACAGGCCGCCGAAAGCAAUGCCCAAACUGGAGACCAGAGCCCAGCGCAGCGAAGCAGCAAGAGGACAGCUGAUGUUGCAUUCUCGGAAGGUACAAUCGAAGACGAGUAG